GCCCCAAGCCCAAACUCCUUCUAAUGAGUUCAAUCGAAAAACAAACAAACGGACCCUAAAUCCGAACCGCUUACUGCUUUUGCCAACCAUUCUCGCCCUAAUUUGUUCCUUCUCAUCUCCCUCCGGCGAACUUCUUCACGUUCUCGUCAUAAUCCGGCCGUAUCAAAUUUUUUUGAAGUUGUUAUUGGACAAGUAGCUGAGCGGAAUAGAAGAUCAUGGAAGAAGAGUUAACUGAUAUGCUUUUGGAGGCUGCUGGUAGAACAAAUACGGGCGGAAGGAAUCGCCCUCCUCCAUCGUCUAGGAGGCAUCAGAAGAGUUCAUAUUCUGACGAUGGAAGUGAUUCCAGGGACGCUGACUCCGAUGAUGAUUGUGGGUAUUCAGGUAGAAAGCUUUCCGGUUCACAAGUUGCUCUCAAGAAGGGAUUGGACCCUCCGGAAAGAGACGAUGGUCGUAGCAGUCGCAGAGAAGGUGUCGAUGAUGGAGAUGCUUAUGGUGAGAGGAGGAGAAAAAGUGAACGAGUAGAUGAGGAUGAAAGGGUUGUUAGGAGUGAGAGAAGAAGAAGAGAUGAACGCGAAGAUGACGCUGGAAGAGAUGAUAGGAGACAAAGGAAGGUGAAAGAUGAUGAAAAGGAUGAUAAGAAGGAGAGCAGAAAAAGUGAAAGCCAAGUUGUUGAUGAUGAUGAUGAAGGGGAUGAUAGGAGGAAGAGGAGGAGAAGACAUGAAGGUGAAGAUGGUGAUGUAAAGGAUGAUAGGAAGGAGAGGAGUCGAAGGAAUGUAGAUGAAAGGGAUGAUAGGAAGGAGAGGAGGAGACAGGAAGAUGAUGAUGAGAAGGUGCCUAAUANUGAUGGUGAGAAGGUGCCUAAUAGAAGGGAGGAUGAGCACAGAUACAAGGGUAGGGUUGAUCGUUAUAAUGAUGGGAGAGAAGGGGAUAGGAAAAAGAGGAGGAGGGAU